AUUAUAAAUCGUCCGCAGUCUGGGUUUCAAUGCAAGAUUGAAUUUGUUUGUACCGAAAACCAUUAAUUUUCAAAAUGACAAUUUAUUAUGCAAUUUUGGCCACGGUUCUUCUAGCCGGAGGAGAAUGGGCUAAUGCUCAAGAAGGGGAAUCUCAUAUUCGGGUCCGUCGAGGAAACUUUGGGGAGCGUUACUCGGGAGGAAUUGGGCCUGGAAGUGCUCAUGGGGUCGGAUAUGGUGGAACAACUUCGCUCGGAGGUCACACUGGAGGCGGAGGUGGUGGACCCCCAUUUGACCACAUCACUUUGAAAGCGGUUUCUGGUGCAAAUGACCAAUUCAUCGCGUCUUACCAGGCAAACCAAAAUGCGGGGGCAAGUUCUGCCGGGGCCUUGGAUAACUUACAGCAACAGGGACAACAUACGGCAGCAUAUGCUGGACGCGACGCUAAUCAGGUCGGUAGUUGGUACAACGCCAUCGCUACUGGACCAGUUCCCGCCGGAUACAAGGGAGAAAAUAGAAGACGUCGUCGUUAAACAAUAAUAUGCAUGCAAUUCCAGUCCAACUUAUAAUUGAUAAACUCAUAAAACUGCCCAAAUUUUCCGUCUAAUGUUAAAAAGGCGUGGUUGCUCCUCCUUCAUGGCAAGGAUAAUUACUUAAUUCGUCCAAAUUAAGAGACACAUUUGACUAAAUUUAACCAACAUACAGCGUUUUCUGACUGUUGUUCCACUGAAAUAAACAUUUACGAAAACCAA